AUGGAGGACAGGAAGAGGCCCGCCAUCGGCGGUUCCGAUGAUCUCGCUGCCCCCCCUAGUAAGCGAGUCGCCGUGAAUGGAUCCAAAACAAAGGAUGAUACGAUGGAGAUGAAGGAAGAAGGCUGGAUCGAGGCCUACACUAAAGGGGCAAUUUAUCGCCAAAUGCAGGAGUACAGUCGUAAAGCUGCGACAGCAGAAUCACGUCUCGAAGAAUUGCAUAAACGAUGUGUACAUCAUGAUGAUCAUUUAAGAAUUAUCGACGGCUGGUGGCGCCAAUUGCUUGAAGAAUUGGAAGUCGUGGCAGAGCCUACAUUGUCAGAGAUUGCUCCCCCAGCAGACCCCCCCUAUCUCAGCGCAGUCAGCUUCAAAGACUUGAGCGAGUUCCAAACCCAUCUGUCUGAUAAGGGCAAAACUAUCAAGACAAAAGCCGAGUCGCUGCUGAGCCGCAUCGCUUCGCAGCGUGGCUCCCUUAGUCCAGAUGCCGCUUCUCUGCAAGAAAAAGUGAAUAAUUUGCUUGCCGCACAGAAGGAAUAUAUGCUGAAGUUGGAUCGACUGAACGCAGAGAAGGAUCAACUCUCGGAGCAACUCAAUGCCGCCACGUUGAGGUAUUUCAAGGCCGAAAAGAAACUAGACCGAGCCAAAAGCUCCCAGGUGCAAAAGCUGGAGCAACAGGCUUUUGCAAAUGCCACCCGCCCUUCUGGAGCAGCGUCAGCAGCAGCAGCGUCGAGUGAAGUCGGCUCAGAACAACACGAAGUAAAUGGUUCGUCUGACGAAUUAUUGCUCAAAUAUGAGGAGGCGACGGCUUCUGCAGCCAAGCAGAAGGAGCAGCUUGAUUCCAUCCUGUCGGAACUAAAGACGGCGCAGGACGAGAAUACAACGCUCAAGGCUCGCCAGAAUACUUGGUCAGACGAAGAUUUCAUUCGGACGGACGUUUUCAAGCAGUUCAAGGCGCAAAAUGAGGACCUCAUCAAGAGAAUCAACAACUUGGAGGCGAUAAAUAAGCAACUGCGGGAAGAGGCCGAAAAACUGCAGGCAGAGCGGACGUCCUAUAAAAUCCAACUGGAAGCUGAUGCGAGUCAGGUAACACAGGAGUUGGAGGCUGAUAUCAUGGCAAGAGAUCAGGAUCUUGCGCGAGUUCGUUCUGCGAGGGACGAGAUUCUUGCCGAAAACACACAAAGAAAAGCCAGUAUGGAGCAGGACAAGACGUCGAUAGCUCAUGUCAAGGACCUGAUCAGUGCAAAGGACGAUCACAUUGCCGCUCUGGAAUCUCGACUUUCCCGUCUUGAGCCCGCUGAAGACCAGGACAUGGCCAACGCAGACGAUGUCUCGCAGCUUUCUGAAGAUGAUGUCCGGCAAAAGUUGAAAAGGUUGCAACAAGACUUCCAGUCCAUCAACCAGGAGUUGCCAUCCAUCGAAAAGGCGUACAAGAAGAUGAAGGAUCAAGCACAGAAAAAGGUGUUGGACUUUGUGGCCUUGGAAGAAAAGGUGUCUCUUUUGAUUGCGGAGAAAAGCAAAGCAGACCAAAAGUACUUUGCGGCGAGAAAGGACGCUGACACCCGAAAUAAUGAGAUACGAUCACUGCGACACCAGAACAGCAAGAGUACAGAGAUCAUUGCUCAGCUGAAGGACCUGGAGGCGCAAAAUAGAUUGCUCCUUGGUAAUUUGGAGAAGCAGGUGGCCGACCUGAAGCAGUCAAAUGUUCUUUUGACGGCAGAGAACAAGAAGAUGGAAUCGACGAGCUUGGAGGCUGUAAGGCGUUCCGAUUCUCUGAACCGACAGAUCAGUGACUUGACCAGUCUGGUGAAAUCUCGAGACAAUGCAUCUGCGGCUGUGCGAGAGCGAAAUACGGUGCAAGAGGCAGAGGUGGAAAAACUGAAGGUUCGAAUCGAGCAUACUCAGAAGGAUAGAGAUCAGUGGAAGAACAAGGCCCUGAGCAACUCAUCGGAGGAGGAAGAAAUGUUACGAACGUUUGCAUUAUGCACAAUUUGCAGGAACAACUUCAAGAACACGGCUCUGAAGACGUGCGGCCACUUGUUCUGUAACAAAUGCGUGGAUGAUCGUAUCAGCAACAGAAUGCGCAAGUGCCCGACGUGUUCACGAGCUUUUGACAAGAUGGAUGUCAUGCCUGUCCACCACUAA